GUGUAGUUACUUAAGUCAUAAGUUUGUUGUUAGUGCAUGCGUGUUGUUUUACAAGGAAUGGAGUCCUGCACUGUAUCUGCACUGAGCUGCUUCAUAGCAUUUUGUUUACUUGUCUGUUUAAUUGGCUUCAUUUUCGCGGAUGCAGACGUCACUCUCCUGUGGGCAAGUCUGACAGGGCAAAGGCCAGAGAGGAAGCUGAAAGGGCUGGUGGUGUGGAUCACUGGAGCAUCCAGUGGUAUUGGAGAAGAGCUGGCCUACCAGCUGGCAAAGUGUGGCUCACGUCUCAUCCUGUCUGCCCGCCGUGAGGAUGAGCUACACAGAGUGAAACGCCAUUGCUUAGAGACCUCUGAACUUAAGGAUGAGGAUAUUCUUGUUCUUCCACUUGAUUUGCUGGAGAGGAGGUCACAUGAGACAAAAACAAAAACUGUGAUUGGGUACUUUGGACAUAUUGAUAUCCUCAUUAACAAUGGCGGUCGAAGUCAGCGCUCUCUGUUCUUGGAAACCAGCGUGGAUGUGUGCCAGGCCUUGAUGGAGCUCAACUUCUUAGGUACAGUCUCUCUAACCAAGCAGGUGCUGCCUCACAUGACGCAGCGAGGCAGGGGGAGCAUCGUGACUGUCAGCAGCCUCUUUGGCCUUACCGCUGCGCCUCUUGCAACAGGUGCCUCUGCUAGCAAGCAUGCACUUCAGGGUUUCUUUAAUUCCCUUAGAACUGAGCUGACUGACUAUCCAAAAAUACUAAUUAGCACAGUGUGUCCAGGGCCCAUCCAAUCACAAAUCGCCAAAAAUGCCUUUACAGCAGAAAUAAACAAGCCUCCACCCACAGUUGGACAUCUGAAGAGGAUGCCAACAGAUCGCUGUGUGCGUUUAAUGCUAGUGGGAAUUUCCAAUGGUGUCAAAGAGAUGUGGAUCUCUCAGCAGCCCAUGCUCCUGCUUUACUACGCCUGGCAGUAUGCGCCCACAUUCGCCUGGUCUGUGUCCGACAGCUUGGGCAGAAAAUGGGUGCAGAAUUUCAAAGCUGGUCGAGUAGGAUGCAGACUCUGCGAACUUGACUAAACAGAAGACCUCCUGAAAAUCACAUCCUCAAGAGGAAAUUGCAUUCCUAAUGUUGGACUUUGUAUUUUUUUUUUCUCCUUUUUCAAAAUUUCUGCUUUCAUGUCAUGUCACCUUGAGAUGGCUGUUGCGGGCGAUAAACUGGCGAUGUAUAAAUGAAAUUGAAUUCAGUCUUGAAGUAAAUAUUUAGAGACAUAACUGAUUUGAAAGCUCAGUGCCCUCUUCCUAUCUUAAAUGAAAUGUUUGUAACCAAUAAUCAACUUGUGGUACACAGCCUUGAAGAAUGGACAACAAGCUGUAAAGACUAUAUUAAGAAUGGCAAUGUUUCUGCAACGACCCUUUAAAUGCCUACAAAAAUUGAGUUAUGUUCAGUUUUCUCUAUCCCAGCAAGUUUGUUUAAUGAAAAACAGCUUUUGACAAGCUAUUUUUAUUGUAAGUAUAUACAGCUACACAUAUAAAAAUUAACAAUAUGUACAAGAAACUGUGGACAGAUUCAUUCUAGAUUGUAAACAAGUGAAUUGUAAACAAAACAACAGCAUUAAACACCAUACGUGUACAGCGAGACAUCCCCAAGGCACAUCCUUGAUAUUGUUUAACAAAGCAAUAAAAUUCUCAUUCCUU